AUGGACAUACAUACGAUUGCGACAUCACGUGCCUCGAAGCCUGAGACAAUCAACCAAAGCUGCCCCACUAAUGAGUCGAAGGGAAGUCCAGGAAACCAGGGCGAGCAGGCACGGGACGACAGGGACAGACUUGCCAGUUUCGACCUUGCCCAGGACAAUCAAGAGGCAGCAAGCCUUCCAGGCAACAGCGCAGGUCCACGCGGCUACGCCAAGUGGGGUGGAUUGAAAGUGUAUAUUCAUGUGUUCGACGCAGCUGCUGUGGCGCCUCGAUUGCCCACAAUCGACACGAUCGAUGAGCAUUAUGCACACCGGCCAACAACAGAUCUUCUCUCUAGAGCCCAUGUCAGCUUAGUGCGCUCCUGGAUGAGCGCUUGUGAAGCCGACCAUAAGACAUGUGUCCAGCAUUCUGAGGCUGUGAAGAAAUUGCCAACCCGUCUUCUGGAAAUCGAGGGGGGUAAUGGCAAAUUGAUAAGAGUGUCAAUGACCACAAAGGAAAAGCUAAACGAAUAUCGCCACGCGAUACCAUGGCAGAAGCUUCCUUCUACCAUCAGCGAUGCCAUCAAGCUUUGUUACAAACUGGGGUUCGAAUAUCUUUGGGUGGACUCCUUGUGUAUCAUUCAGGACGACGACCAGGAUUGGCUGCGAGAGGCAUCUAAUAUGGCAGGAAUUUACAGCAGAUCGGCGCUAACUCUUGCUAUCCACGUCUGUGGUGACGCCUCCGAAAGCUUCCUACAGAAACGUCUUUUGGAUACAGAACAGUGGUCAGACGGACCUUAUGGAUGCUCGAGAAUUCCUGUCAACGACCCUGAGACAGGCGACAAAUUCGAUAUGUAUCUCUGGCAAGAUGAGUCCUUUAAGGGCUCCCGCUUUCUCGACAGGUGGUGGACCACAGUUCAAACUAUUGGGCGACGCGGGCCUUCGGGACAUUGGCUUAGUCGGGCGUGGACCCUUCAAGAGUGGCUCUUAUCCCCACGAGUUUUACACAUUCAUGCCAUGACCAUUUGGGACUGUUUCGAAGGCCUUGGAAAUGAACUUGAGAAGCGAUCCAUUCGCAAAUCACCUUUCCAGAGGGCCGUCUCCAAUAUUAAUCAUUGGGAAAUCAUAAUGCAUGAUUUCACUUCGCGUCGGAUCACUAAGGAGAAAGACAGGCUGCCAGCCUUGGCAGGCCUCGCCGAGAGCUUCCAAUCGCAAACAGGAUAUGUUUAUCUUGCUGGCUUGUGGCUGGAAACACUCCCGCACAGUCUUGUCUGGGCCAGGUCCAGCUUGUGUACUAACAUGAGCAAACCGCUUACUUACCGCGCACCAACGUGGAGUUGGGCUGCCUUGGAAGGUGCAGUCAUUGGUCCACCUUUCAAAGACGAAGACGUGUCACCAAUGAGCGAAAUCGUGGGGCAUUAUUGCCAUCUGAACACGAUCAAAGUCCACCAUAUUGGGUAG